AUGACCCCGUGGCUCAUCAGUUCCACGGUAUUUUGCGAAUCCAAACCUUCCUUGGCCUAUAAGAUAUACACAGAGGUGAUAAGAGAUAGAUUGGAGCGGGAAACGGAGGAGAAAGGACUGUUGCCAGAGAGCCAAAGCGGCUUCAGAAAAGGAAAGUCAACGGUGGAUAAUAUCUUUGUGCUGAAUCAUGUGGUACAAAGAGAAAUGGGCGACAAGAAUAAAGAAGAAAGAGUAUAUACGUUUUUUGCGGAUUUAAAGGCGGCAUUUGAUAAGAUGGACAGACAAACUAUGUGGGAUACCCUAAGAAAACUGAAGAUCGAAGAGAAGAUUGUAAGAAUACUGGAGAAGAUUUACGAAGAGACAGAGGUCACAAUAAGGACAAACCAAGGAAACACAUUUUAG